GAGAAAAAAAUAAAAAGGAGAUUUACGGUAAUAAAGGUCGGCCAUAUUUCUCGCGUUUUGGUUGAAAGCGAAACUCGAGAAUCGGUGAAGUUUCACAAUUUCCGUUUGGUCGUUUUACCGUUAAAACAAGUUUAAAAGGAGCGCGCAGCUACGAGUUCAUCAGCCUCCUCUUUAGUGUAGACGUGUUUGUGGUGACUUAGUGAAUAAAGAGUUUCUGAUCUGCUGAUUCAACACAGAGGAGCAGCUAUGAGUUCAUCAGCCGGUGGAUUAGUCGUCUUCCUUCUCUCUGUACAAGUGAUACAGAGUCAGGAUGGAUGGGGAGUGACUUACCGUCAGACUGAGGUCUGUGCUGCAAAAGGAGAAAGAGUGAUGAUGGGCUGUUACUACACACACCCACCUGUAAUAACUCUCUAUGAUAUAAAGGACACAUUCUGGUUCACUAAAGAGAAAGAUGGUGAACCUGUGGAUCUGAGAACAGACUCUGAGUAUUCAGACCGUGUGGAGUACACAUGUCAUGGGGCAAUAUUUGGGGUUAGUUGCACUGUGCUCAUCACAAACCUGAGAGAGAGCGACUCAGCGGAGUACAAAUUCAGGACAAACAAACCAGGAGAGAAAUAUACUGGUUCACCUGGAGUCACUUUGUCCGUCACAGGUCUCCAGGUGCAGGUGAGCAGAUCAAAUUCUACCUGGUUGGAGCUGACGUGUCACAGCAGCUGUGAUCUGUCUCAUCAUCCUGAAUACGUCUGGUUCAAGAAUGAAGAGAUCAUCCAGACAGGAUCUUCUCUUCUAGUCUCCUCUGGUUCUACAGACAGAUAUUCCUGUUAUUUAAAAGGAUCUUUGGAACAAGGUUCUCCUGCAGUGUAUGGUCCACAGCGUCCCUCUGUGUCAGUGAGUCCCUCUGCUGAGAUGAUGGAGGGUGGUUCAGUGAAUCUGACCUGUAGCACUGAUGCUAACCCAGCAGCUAACUACACCUGGUACAAGGAGAAUGGAACUUCAGACCCUCAUCUUCUCAGUGAAGGCCCUCAGCUGGUCUUCAUCUCCAUCCAGUCCUCUGACUCUGGAAGGUAUUCCUGUGCAGCUGAGAACCAGCUGGGGAGGAAGAGGUCUGACUUCAUCUCUAUCGAUGUGAAAUUGGAGGAAAAGAAGGCUCCCCAGGGUCAAUAACAAAAACGCCAGCUGUUGCAUCCACAUCUGCUAUCUUUGCUGGUGAUUAUGAUCCUCGCUUUCUUCCUCUAGUUUAGGUGAGCGGUUCAGCUGCACUGUGAUUAUAUUACAGAUAUAGAUCUCACAUUCAUAAAGUCGAUUUGAUCAUAUAUUUUUUAUGUAAUGAAUUCCUCUUUUGAGAAGAAAAAGGUUCACAAAGCAUCCACCCUGCAGAGAGAGCAGAUGACAGCGCUCAAUGAGCAGUCCUUUCAAAUCUAAUGAGCUAAAUAUUACUUCCAGUUCAAGUAAAGUUUCUUUAAGUACAUUUAUCUAUAAAUAGUCUUUACCAAUAUGCUUGUAUUGAUUUUCAUAAUUCCUACUUAAGUUGCAUCAGAAGCUGCUAACCGCAAGGUUGGCGGUUCAAAUCCCGGCUGCUCCAUGUGUCGUGUUGAAGUGUCCCUGAGCAAGACGCUGCUCCCCAGGCAAAAUGUAAAAAAACAUGCAAUGUGAGUCGCUUUGGAUUAAAACCUCAGCUAAAUGACAUGUAAUGUACUUAAUAUCAGAUCUAGAAGUCCAAUUUAGCCCCUUUAAGUUGAUUUAUAUUCACUGAAUGUGACAAUAUUACAUUUUAUCAAAGCAAAGUGUUAUUUUCUCUCAUGAAUAUGUUUAAUUGUAUUAAGUAUUAUUGUUCAUAAUCUGCUAAUUGAUUUGUUUCUGAAGCUAUCACAUAAAGGUAUUUCCUUUGGUUUUGGAGCAGAUGUAACGUUAUACCGUUUCAACCGGUAUAAGAUUGCUUUACGGCAGGAGUCCCCAACCACCGGGCUGCGGACCGGUACCAGUGCGUGGGCCAUUUGCUACCGGGCAGCGCCACAGAAAGAUGUUUUUUGAUUUUGUUGUCAUUUGAAUUUUUUUCUGAAAAUUGUUUUAUUUUGAAAAUCGAACAGAUUCUCUCUUACGUGUGCUCAUCCCUCUUCACAUAUUUCCUGAUAUAUUUUUUUACAGGACAUUUUUAAAACUGUUUAGGCUUCGUGUACCUAUAAAAAAUAGCAAAUGUUUUAAAUACAAAGAGCUAUUCAAAUAUUGUUUGAUGUAAGUAAUGUAAAAUGUAUGAAUAUGUAAUAUUUUACUUUUGUGUUAUGGUUAAUAAAUCUAUUAUUGGCA